CUCCUUGUGGUUGUUGCAGAAUUAUAAAUGUGUAUAGAUGCAUUUAGAGUUCAGGUUACAGUCAUUAUUUGGGUUUGCUUGGACCUUUUUUUUUUUAUUAUUUGUUGAGACAGUUGUAAAAAUUACUUUCGACGUGGACGUGGUCAGCUGGCGUGUCCCGACUUGGAGUGACGGCUGUGCAGACCUAUGAUUUCUCCCAGUCCCUUUUUUUUCCCCUUGCACUGGCCCAUCUUUUUUUUUUUUUUAAGACAAACUGAAUUGUUAACUUUUGGAAUAUAUCGUGACCCUUUUUACAUCUCAGUUGGAAGCCGAGGACAGCAACGGGGGUUCAAGAUGUCUGUAGCGGGUUUGAAGAAACAAUUUUAUAAAGCCAGUCAGAUGGUCAGUGAGAAAGUCGGUGGUGCAGAAGGAACCAAACUAGACGAUGACUUCAGAGACUUGGAACGGAAAGUUGAUGUAACAAGUAAAGCUGUAGUGGAGGUGAUCUCCAAAACCUCAGAGUACCUCCAACCUAAUCCAGCAUCACGGGCCAAACUGUCCAUGUUAAACACCAUGUCGAAGAUUCGUGGUCAGGUGAAGAACCCAGGCUAUCCUCAAGUUGAGGGGCUGCUGGGAGAGUGCAUGGCCAAGUAUGGGCGGGAACUCGGAGAGGACACUAACUUUGGUGSUGCUCUAGUAGACGUUGGAGAGGCCAUGAAGAGAUUAGCAGAAGUAAAAGACUCUCUAGACAUCGACGUAAAACAGAACUUUAUUGAUCCACUGCAAGGGCUGUAUGACAAGGACCUCAGAGAAAUCCAACACCAUCUGAAGAAGCUUGAAGGCCGUCGACUUGAUUACGACUACAAGAAGAAGCGUCAGGGCAAGAUUCCAGAUGAGGAAGUUCGACAGGCUCUGGAGAAGUUUCAUGAGUCAAAGGAAGUGGCUGAGACCAGCAUGUACAACCUGCUGGAGACUGACAUAGAGCAGGUGAGCCAGCUUUCAUCCCUGGUGGAGUCUCAGCUGCAAUAUCACAGACAAGCUGUGCAAGUGCUGGAGGAGCUUUCUGACAAACUGCGUGACAGGAUGAACGAAGCUCAGUCUCGACCAAAACGAGAGUACACACCUAAACCCAAACCUAUAUUUGACUUUGGAGACAACAACCAUUCAAAUGGUGGCUACCUGACCUCCAUGGCCCUUCCUCCAUCACGCAACUCAGCUCCAGAGCAGCCGAGCUGCAAGGCGCUGUACGACUUCGAGCCAGAGAACGAGGGCGAGCUGGGCUUCCACGAGGGCGACAUCAUCACCCUGACCAAUCAGAUCGAUGAGAACUGGUAUGAGGGCAUGCUGAACGGCCAGUCCGGGUUCUUCCCUCUCAACUACGUCGAAGUCCUUGUUCCGUUGCCACACUAAUACAACAAAAUGGCUACAAGGAGACUGACAGAGAAAAAGAGGAGAGCAGAAAUGAUGAGGAGCAAGACAAGUAAAGACAAGGAACGGUCCACAAAGGUUUUUUUUUGUUUUGUUUUGUUAUUUUCACUUUUAUCUCCAUCGUCAUCACAAAUGAGCACUUUUGUAACACAAGAUCUGGAUCUAUUAUCAAACCAGAGUAUUCACCUGGUUUACUGAAGAACUGAGACAAAAUAUUUUCAUGCUUCACCUGAAAGUAAGAAGAAUUUUUUUAAAGACAAACGGACGGCACUGUUGUAAGCAAUAAUAUUUUUUUACAGAUCAGCCAUACAAAAAAAGAUGCAUUUUUAAUACUGUUGCAGUUAUUGAGGUGACAGUUGUUCCUGUGGUCUGUGACUCAUGUAGGUCUCAGUAGGUAAAAAAUAGAUUUUUUUUUUUUGUAUUUAGACUAACACCUCAAACCUCAGUAAAUGACUGAACAGUAUCCUUUUAGAACUAAAAGUAAUUGUAAAACCACCUGAGGCCUGAAGGGAACCCCCUGAUGCCAUCUUCUGGCUCCACCGAGAAUUACCGUCAUGACAGCACUUGAAAUAUGACGGAACGGAGCCAAAAUUCAUGUCUAACUUGUGAUUUAGACAGUUUUGACUGCAAUGAUACUUUUUUUGAUCUUUCAUUUUAAAGUAAUUAUCAGGUUAUCGUUUUUUAAUGGCCGAUGUGUUCCCCCUUUGUUUCAGUAUUUUCCUGUUUUCAGUUUUUACAGAAUAUGAGAGAAAAUGUUCUAACUGCAUGUUGGACUUGAGUUCAAAUCAGUGUCACAGAUGUACCCAGACAUUUCACACURACCCAAAGGUAGAAUGCUGAAGUGGCACCUCCUUGCCACUUCAUUCAGACGUGUGUAUUUGUUGCUUUAAAACGUCAAAUACAAAACGUUACCUGAGAUUACCUGCUAACCUGUUCUAUGGACGGAGCCAAAAAUAGAUUAUAAAAUGCAAUAGAAAGAUAUUGUUUUAAUGCUUCUGUUAAACUGCUAAUGAUUCUGUAACAGCCAUAUAUUCAUGUAGCUUCUGUGCUGUUUAUUGUAGUCAAGUUAGUUUAUUUUUACCGUUUUAUUGCCAAGACGUUUAAAGCCCUGUUCUAGGCACCAGUCAACUCCAUAUAGUGCCUGAAUAGGUGAUGCUGCUGGCAGCAGGUUAGUCUUUUAUAUUCACCUCUAACUGUCCUCUCAGAGAAUGUGAAACUCACUGUGUUCUGUAACUCUGAUCAUUCAGUGACUUUAAUUUGGUGUCAUGCCUUAGGCUGAUGGAUAGAUGUAGAAAUCAGUGCAGACAAGGCUGGACCCUUGUUCUGGACUGAAUAUCAAGCCUUCACUGUCCAGUCAGAGGGAAGGAGCUUGAUUUUAAAAGGGAAAACAUCAAGGGAAGCAUGGUUGUGAGGAGGAACUCAGCCGUUAUUACCGUUUUGUUCAAUUGAAUUGUAAUAUGAACUAAAAAAAUAAUUGUGAAUGUCAGAUAUGUGCUCGUUUGUAUUAUCUUUGUUUUAUUUCUUCCUUUUUCUCGGUCUGUUCAUCACCUCCCACUCCUCAUCUCAUUGUUUACAUCUGUGACCGUACAUCCCACUACUUGUAUGUAGGUCAUUGCUAAGGGCAAGAGGAGGUGCUCUGUGUGUGUGUGUGUGUGUGUGUGUGGGUCAUGGUAUUAAGAAAGUGAAAAACCUAUGUGCAUGUUUUAGUGCCUUUUUAGAAAAGAAAAGAACCUAGCCCAGCCGUUUCUUUGUUUCCUACGCAUUUUAUUUCCAGCCUUUGGCAGAUUUCUGCACAGUGACAACAGGCAGGUUCUAGGACAAGUCUGAAAAGCAGACCACCAGUGGAAAGUUUGCCCCCCCCCCCCCCCCAAAUCCAUUUUUAAAAAGCCCCCAUUUUUUUUCUUAAAGGGCUAUGUAUUCAGUCUUAAAUUUUCUUUCACGCAACAUGACAUCGCUAUAGAUCUUUCUAGUAUUAUUUUUUAUAAACAAGACCUUUUAAAACACUUAAAUUAAUCUUUGCAUGGAAACCUACAUUACACCUUGUAUAUCUUAAAAUUUUAAGUUGCUAUUUUUAAAUGUUUGGUAUAAAUACAGAAUUUAACUGCAAUAUUUUUUUUUAUUCUCAUUUUAUUUGUAUGUGCUUCCUAUUUGUUCCCUGCCUCCUGACGUCUUACAGGAAAUAAAAAGAAAACCUCCAAA